AUGUUCACCCAUCUCAGUACCGCUCUUGCCCUCGCUGGGUUGAGCCAUGCUAUACCCGGAAAGAGAGCAUCUUCUGCCUCGGCAUACUGCUCCAAUUCCGGCGGCAACUACCAACUGUCCUCCAUAGCAGCGCCAGUCCAAGGCAGUGGAAGCCCGGGCUCUGAAUCGACUUGGCAGCUGACCGUUGACGAUACUUCCACCGGACACAAACAAACCAUAGUCGGAUUUGGCGCCGCCGUCACCGAUGCUACUGUGACCUCCUUCAACACGCUGGACAGCUCGACGCUCCAGACACUGCUCAAUGAUUUGAUGACUUCCUCUGGUGCUGAUUUCGCUUUGAUGCGCCAUACCAUCGGAGCCUCUGACUUAUCUGGUGAUCCGGCAUACACCUACGAUGACAAUGGAAACACCGCCGACCCAGAUCUAUCGAACUUCAACCUCGGCGAUCGCGGAAAUGCAAUGGCGACCAUGCUGGCCUCAAUGAAGAAGCUGCAGCCUGACCUGACUAUUUUCGGAUCGCCCUGGAGCGCCCCCGGUUGGAUGAAGUUGAACGGUGUGAUUGACGGAAACACGAACAAUAACAACUUGAACGACGGCUACUUGACCAGCGCUGGCACUGGAAGUACAGGAUACUCCAGUGCAUUUGCUCAGUACUUUGUGAAAUAUAUCCAAGCGUUCGAGAGCCUUGGGGCCCCUAUCGACGCGAUCACGAUCCAGAAUGAGCCGCUGAACAGCCAAUCCGGAUAUCCCACGAUGUACGUCUAUGCGGAUGAGUCGGGGCAGCUAAUUCAGGACUAUGUUGGUCCCGCGCUUGCCAGUGCUGGUUUGGAUACGGACAUCUGGGCGUAUGAUCACAACACUGUCGGUGCACUUGCUCAUAAGGUACAACUAGAUGUGCCUUCCUACCCUCAAACUGUCCUCGACACGGCCAGUGACUACGUUGACACUGUUGCCUGGCAUUGUUAUGCUACCAACGUCAACUGGACAACGCUCACCGAGUUCCACGACAGCAAUCCGAACGUCAACCAGUACAUGACAGAAUGCUGGACCCCGUCAUCCGGAUCAUGGAACCAGGCAGCCGAUUUUACCAUGGGCCCCUUGCAGAACUGGGCCUCUGGCGUUGCGGCUUGGACUCUUGGCACGAACUCCGAUGAUGGUCCCCAUCUUUCCAGCGGUGGCUGUGGCACCUGCACGGGCUUGGUCACUGUCAACGGCGACGACUAUACCUUCGAAACUGCUUAUUACAUGAUGGCACAGUUCAGCAAGUUCAUGCCCCCUGGUGCUAUUGUUCUGGACGGCACUGGGAGCUAUACUUACUCUGGAGGAACCGGUAUUCAGUCUGUGGCUUCGUUGAACCCGGAUGGUACUCGAACGGUGGUGAUUGAGAAUACCUUCGGCAAUGAUGUUUAUGUGACAGUGACGACGGGAAGCGGAGAGACCUGGAGCGGUAAUGUUCCUGAGACCUCUGUUACUACUUGGAUUCUUCCUGCUUCAUCUUGA